UCAACUGAUACACCUACGCCAAAUUUAGAUAUUUUGACCGGAGACGUCAAUUGCACUCUUCUCCUUCAACACAAUAUUUUCACCAUGGCCCUGGCACUGGUCCAGGCCCUCUCCAGACGCUCCGCUAAAGCCCUAAGGGCCAGAUGGAGGAUAUCUCAGACUCUGCACAUCUCUUCCCUGCCUCUGGGGGGUGCCAUUCACAACAGACAGCCCUCUAGCCAGACGAACCCUACAGCCAGACUCCCUUGUCUAAAAGACUUUCACCUCAGCACAGCCUCAUCCAGCCCUGACCCUAACAAGCCCAAAUCAGGGUUGUCCUCCGGCCUCGAGGUGGAGCUGUUUGAGAUGGGGAUGUGGUCUCUGGGUCUGGGGGCCUUAGGAGUUGCCAUCGUUGGAAUCCUUCUGGCCAACACUGACUUGUGUCUGACCAAGGCUGCCCAGGCCUCGCUGGAGUACCUGGAGGACGCAGACCUCCGCUCCACUGGAGACGAUGAGAACACCAUAAAGGCCAAAGCUCUGUGGGAGAAGACGGGAGCAGUCGUCAUGGCUGUACGACGGCCCGGAUGAUUUUUGUGCAGAGAGGAAGCUUCCAAGCUGUCCUCUCUGAAGACCCAGCUUGAGGAUCUCGGGGUCCCUCUAGUUGCCGUGGUGAAGGAGAACAUCGGCACGGAGAUCCAGGACUUCCGACCGCACUUCGCUGGGGACAUCUAUGUAGACGAGAAGCACCACUUCUAUGGCCCAAUACAGAGGAAGAUGGGGGGGCUGGGCUUCAUCCGUCUGGGGGUGUGGCAGAACUUCAUGCGGGCCUGGAAGGCCGGUUACCAGGGCAACAUGUUGGGGGAGGGCUUCGUCCUGGGAGGCGUGUUUGUCAUCGGAGCGGGGAACCAGGGAAUUCUUCUGGAGCACAGGGAGGAGGAGUUUGGCAACAAAGUGGAGAAUGAAGAUGUUUUACAGGCUGUCAAGAGAAUUGUUCCAGUGCAAUAGAUGGUUAGUUUUGUGUUCACAAACUUAGUAGCAUUAGAUCAAUGCUGAUAAAAAGGCCUCUGUUUCAUUCACAACAGAACUUUAUCCCAACAUCAAGUGUUUUUGAGUUGUGUAUGACAUUUAAACUUUUUCAUAUCUGUACUCCUGCACCAACCUUACAUGAUUUCUAUUAUUGCUAGCUCCGCCUAUCAUAGAACGUGUCUCGUCCUCAAUAACAAUGUGAAUGAUGAGCUCCACUGCUUAUAAUAUCCUGACCUCUUAACUCCCUGCACUCAUAAACCCAUUGGAAGAUGAGGUGGACCUUAUUACCAUCUAUUUUCUCUAGAUGUGGAAACUCCCAAGUUGUACCAACUAGACAGUGUUCUGUAGGCUUAUGGUCUUGGUCAGGUUGUUAUUGUAAAAGAUGUGUUCUCAUGACUUACCUGGUUAAAUGAAGUUAUUGUCAACCAGGGACCUUACUGCUUCCAUUUGAACAUUUUCACACUUGUAUUGAAGUCACUCAACUUGAGGAAUGCAUGGUUCUUUGCAUUUUGUAUGUAAAGUCAGUCUUGUAACUUUGCUAUGUGUUUCAUGUUAUACCUGUGAAUGAAUGUACGUGUGGUCAAUGUGUGUUUAUUAAUGAAGACCUGACUGUAAACUCAGUGAUGAGGGGAGCAGGUUUGAUAUCCAAAAACACACUGCCUCAAUAUACUCACCAUGGCCAGGUUGGCGAGAGACGGGUGCAAAUCACAAUAAACCCAUCACGCCAUCCUC